AAGCGACUGCACAAGGAACUGAUGGACAUCACUAAGGACCCCCCUCCCAUGUGCUCUGCAGGGCCGGUGAACGAUGAUAUGUUCACGUGGAGGGGGUCUGUCAUGGGUCAGGAUGACAGCCCUUAUGAGGGAGGGGUCUUCUCACUAAGCAUACACUUUCCUUGUAAUUACCCCUUCAAACCUCCGCGGAUUUAUUUCACCACCCGGAUAUACCACCCCAAUAUCAACAAAAAAGGGAAUAUCUGUCUAGAUAUUCUCAAGUCCCAGUGGUCUCCCGCACUGACAAUAUCCAAAGUAUUGUUAUCCAUCAGCUCCAUAUUAUGUGACCCCAACCCCAAGGACGCCUUAGUUCCAUCCAUUGCGAGAAUGUACUUAAAGGAUAGGGACAACUAUAAUAGCAUAGCUCGAGCUUGGACCAGAAAAUACGCCAUGUGA